CAGACAAGGCUCCAGACAGGAGACAAGUGGGUUCAGUCAGGGCAAGGAGAAGAGGAUGGGGAUCAGACAGAUGUCAUGAGUGGGGGGAAAUCAAACAGAGGACAAGGAAAGAAAGCAGGGAAAAGAGCUGAAAAGAGACAGGACUAGACAGGUUCAAGUACAUGAAGGGUUGUUACAAGGAGGAGGGAGAAAAAAUGUUCUUCUUGGCCUCUGGGGACAGGACAAGCGGCAAUGGGCUUAAAUUGCAGCAAGGGAGGUUUAGGUUGGACAUUAGGAAAAACUUCCUGUCAGGGUGGUUAAGCACUGGAAUAAAUUGCCUGAGGAGGUUGUGGAAUCUCCAUCAUUGGGGAUUUUGAAGAGCAGGUUGGACAGAUACCAGUCAGGGAUGAUCUAGCAGGUUGAAUUUUCCUCCCUCUCCUCCAUUAUGUUUCAUUGGGGCUGGAAGGUGUGACUAUGAGAGCCAAUGUCUGGUCGUGUCACUGACCUGCAGGCUCUGCAGAGCCACCUCCAGGCCAUGGAGCAAGGGAUGGGAGAUGGCAAGCAGCUGGAUGAUCACCCACUGUACCAACUGCCUGAGCCUGGGCUGGAAGGUGCUGUUCUCUGCAGCCCUGACUUCCAGCAGCCCCAGGAGCUGGAGCUCCAGGAGUCCCGAGGACACGCCCCCCCAGAAUGUACCAGGUAUGAGGGAGGGCAUGCCACAACAGAUUCACCCAGCUGGACCCACUGAGAACUGCACCCAACCUCAUGGAGCCCUGAGCAGCCUUGGGAGGCCCAGCCACUCUCUGCUGUGCGUGGAAGAGGAGAUCAAGAACCGGAAAAGACCCAGGCUCUCCAACGGACCCCAGGCCAGUCCCAGCCUUGUCUCUCACUUCCCUCGUGCACUGAGCGGGCCACAGCCCCAGGGCCCGUCCCCCUUUGGACAUGUCCUUCAGAGCAAUAGCCUGGAUCUCCACAGGAGACGUCCCCAGGACGGGCUGCCACACACCAGGACUUUGGACAAUCCCAGAGCUGCGCAUUCUGGGGCCUCAGUGCUCUACAGGCCCAGCACAGAGCAGCUGGAGUCUCCAUCCCUGAAUAACGGACUCGAGGACGGCUGCCCAUGGAGUAGCCGAGUUCCCUCAGGAGGCAGCAGCAUUAGCAGCCGAGUGAGCAAGGUGACGGGUCUAUAUGCUGAGCUGGUCAAGGAGCUGGAGCUGCAGAUGUCCGAGCUGCGGAAUCUCCUCGCCUCUCGGGAAGAGGCCGCCAUGUGGCAGGAGAGGAGGAUCAAGGAGCUGGAGCUGGAGAAUCAGCAGCUGAAGAGCCAGCUCCGGAACCUAGAGGAGCAGAACGACCUCCUCUCCAGCAGGAACGGGGCAGGGGCAUCGGUGGGCAGGACGGUGCUGGGGUCCGGAACCAGCGGUGUUGACAUCAACAAGAGCAACAUCCAGUUCCUGAAAGGCCUGGUGGGUUUGCUGGAGAGCAACGCAGCAUUGCAGGCCAAUGGUCUCCAGCCAUUCACCUCUCCCACGGUGGGGGAGCAGAGGUGCACCCCAGCUGAAGUCCCAAAAAGCCCCCCGGUCUGGAGGACGCGAGCUGGGGUCCCAAGCGGCUUCCCACCCUGGCUGAGCACAGAGGACGGCUCGGGGAGCCCCGUCACGCUCAGCGACGCCACCUGCUUAUGGGAGGAGAACAUACAAGAUACGCUGCCCGAUGGCACCCCGGUGUGGGCGUCGCCCGUGGAGGAGAAUGGGAGGCCCAAGCUGGAGCUGAUCCCCAACUCGGGGGUCUACAUCACCCACCACCAGCUGGACGACCUCUCGCAGGUUUCUACCGACAAGCCCAAGCUGAUGACCAGGCGCCUGCUGGAUUACUUCUUCUCCCGGGAGACGCUCGCCAGGUCUUCGGCCACCGGCCAGCGCAUCGCCCACAACAACACGACCAUGGAGAAACCCAUCCGCCUGCCGGUCGCAGUGGUAAAUGCUAUCAAAGAGUAUGUCACCAAAGUGUGCGGCAAGAGCUGCAACUUCAACGCCGUGAUCAACAGCAAGUGUGGCACCUCCCGAAGGGCGGUCAAGAAAAUGAUCAUCAAGAUGGAGUAGACGGUGCCUGGGCCAGAGCCUCCCAAACGUCCAACAGCAAACCAGCUCCGAAAACAUUCCUCAGAAGAUCCGUCGUCGCCCCCACUCCAACAGACGCUGGGGUGCUGGUGGCCCAGGUCCCCUCCCACACAGCUGCUCUGAGGGUGAGCACGGUGGAGAUAAUGCGCCCCUCCUGGCAGACUUUACAGGGGCAGCAGUGGUGCAGUUUGAGCUCUCAUGCACUUAGUACAUGCCCUGCGGGGCCUGAAGCGCCUGCUGUGUAGCCAUCCUGGGGCAGUCAGUCCUAGCAUGCAGACCUCAGUGCGUGCAUUCCUGGGGAGGGGUCACUGGGGGAGAAGAGAGCUGGCAGGUGCAUUCUGCCGCCAUAGUUCUGACGUUCCGUUCUAACGAGUCCCUGAGGAGGAAGGACUGAUCCCACUGGGGAUGCCGCACUCACCCAUGGGAAAUCUUUGUCCUCUUUCAAAACUUGUCAGCUCCAUUCUGGAAUCCCAGCUCCGCGAUGCUGAACAUUAACGCUGCAGCCCUCUCCCCCGCCUCUGGGCAAGCGCUUCUCCCAGCGCAUCAGUCUGGAAGAGGGACAGUGCCGGCAGUGCAACGGGGCCCAAGCUGCAGUCACGGCACUGGACACUCUGGCAAGAGCAGGGGAACUUCUGCUUUGAAACAGUUCUUACCAGACUGUUUACCAGCUGAGCCUGUAGAUAAACCCAGAGCCUUAAGUCUUUGGAGUUGGAGGGGGGCGGGAUUCAGUCUCCCUCCCAUCCAGCAAGGUCUGCUCUCAUGCGAAGACUCAUGGCGUGGCUCAACUGACAAUUUCUCUGCUCGCUGUAGAUGUAAGAAUUUAACUGGGGGCGGGACAUUUUCCCCCCCAUAAAGAAAGUUCCUAUAAAUACUCUAUUUCUUGUAAAUAAAAUAAUCCUUCCUCUCUUCCCGACUUCCCUAAUAAAGGCUGGAAUGUAACAGUG